GAUAGAAGAGCUUAGUAGUUCUUCUCCAUCUUCGGCUGACAGAAUUCGACUGCUGUACUAAAGGAAAGAAAAUCCGAGAAUAAUCUUUCUUUGAAUCUCCAGUUUGCUUCGAAAGUUUGACAGGCCAGAAAACAACGCUGUUAACUGGUUCGAACAUUCCUUAAUAAUGCUGAGUAUUCAAAGUCGGGCAAGCGGCGGGAAUACCGACGACAUGGCGCGCCUUGUCAAACAAGUGAGCAUCGAAAGUCCUACUCACAAACUGAAGGAAUGUAUUUUCAACUUCGAAACGCCAAUGCCUGAAAUACCUCCUGCAGGAGCUCGAGUCAAGGUUCGCAACGCAGGUGUAUGUUAUCGCCUACGCUCAGCCUCCUCGUCCUCAAGCAUCAAGUCUGUGGACUCGCUGCACUGCGGAUCUCCUCUCCAUCACUCCGUCCGCGAUACUGCUCUCUUCCCUGGAUACGAGGUUGCUGGUACAGUUGAGGCCCUAGGUGUUGAGGUUACAGAAACAGAUUUGCAAGUUGGAGACAGAGUCAUUGUGUAUCCUUACGAAGGUCAUCCACCAGGUUAUGCAGAAUACAUUGCUGUGCCAGAUGUCCAGUAUUUAAUCAAGGUGCCAGAGAACAUGAACCUUAGCACAGCAGCUAUGCUUCCUUCAGGGGCACUCUGGGCUAUGAACACAGUGUUCAGUGCUCACAACCAUGUUGAAAAGGUUCUUUCAGAGAAGGGUGAGACAGGACAGUGUAAGAUUUUGUUGGUAGGCACAGGAGGUCUUGCACUGUGGGCCAUGAGAAUUGCACGGUUUUAUUGGCCACAGAAAAGGGAUCGCAUUGUUAUUGCAGUUGCUUGCCUCAGAGAUGAAGGGAUUUCUAUUGCUCAGGAGUACCUCAGGGUGAAUGUGGUACAGUGGAAUGAGGAUUUAUAUGAAGAACAGCUUGUGGAGAGAACUAAAGAUGCUUGUGGAGGACCUGUGGACAUUGUUAUUGAUUUCAGUGCCACCUCGCGCUCAAUUCGGAGAGCACUCAAGUGCUUGGCCCCAGGUGGUGUAAUGUUGGUCAGUUCUGAGCACUCUGAGGGCCUUAUUUCUCGCUACAGUUCUCUGGCUGAAAAGGAAAAUCACCAACUUGUCCCUAUUGAGUUUGGUACCUUAAAUCAACUCAGGAACCUUGUUCAUCUUGUAUCAACUGGAGAGAUUGAACCUCCACCUCACACAAUUUUCUCUGCUGACCGUGCAAACGAAGCCUUAGCUAAGAUUGGUCGUGGACUCAUUCCUGGAAGGGCAAUUUUAGAGUUUCCUGAGGAUGAUGAGGAUGAAGAAGAAUAAAUAACAGAGGAAGAUACUAACAGUAUUCAGAGAAGUGGAGAAAGUAUACUGAAGCAGUGCUACCAACUCUUCAGUUUUAUGUUCCCAAGGGACUGAGUGUCUUCAUGAAAAUUUCAACUGCAUUUGCAUGGAGACUAAGAUAUAACCCCAAGGAAAGAAACAGAAUAAAGAGCAAAAAUCACUUUAUAUUUUUUAGAAUAUUUGAUCAUAGAAUAUAGAACAAAAUAAUCUUGAAUCAUCCAAUGGUGAGUUAAAGACAGCCGUGAUCCUCUUAUCAAGGAAAUUCAAAUAAGAACUGCAAAUGCAUCUUUUUAUAAUCAAUGCAGCAGGUAAAAUGAGCAAGUUAUAGAUGCAACAUCAGUAAUCCGGUCAGUACUAGAACAGGAGUUAUUCCUUCAAGCCUAUAACCUCAUAAGUGGCUGUUCUUCCUUUUGAUGUUGUCUUCAAUUGCAGCUAAGUAUUUACCACAUUGUAACAAAGUAAAAGAAAAAAAAGUGUAGAGUGAAAUAGAAGGCACGUGUUCUAUAUAGAUGUACUGUAUGUACAGUAUUAGAAAUUAUGAUUUUGCACAACAAUAUAAUCUUUGCUUUACCAUGGACAAGGAUUUUUGUUUCAUAUAUUUUAUAAUCAGAAUUCAAGGUUUAUGACUACAGUGAAACCUCUUUAUCAAGGAGUAGUUUGAGAAGAAUUCAAAAUAUUUUAGGGUUGCUUUACAAUAAAGUAUCUCUUGCCCGGAAAAAUGCUCCAAUAAGAGAGCAUGUUCCUUUCAGUUUGAUUCAUAUCAUUUUUUAAAUAAUGAUUAAGAAAUGUUAUAUGAAUUAUGUAGUUCAUACUACAUAUAUAUUUACAAGUGUCGUUUUAUUCAUUUUCAAGUAAUGAGUACUUGAAAAUGCAUGUGCAGUCAUCCCUACUCCAUUAAUGUUUUACUCUAAUACAUGGGGCAUUUCACAAUAUUAAGGUUGCAUUUGAGGAAAAGGUGCUCCAAAGAGGUUUAAUUGUAAUAUUUCAUUGUUGAAUGAUGUGCAGGUGUAGUUAAGGCUGUGAUAGGAAUGUACAUCAUUCUGUCAAGAAAGAUAGCAGAGAUUACCUGUUUUGUGUGUCACCUUGAUGUCAGUAUACUUGCUGCUCCUGUCUAAUGACAUGUGUCCCAUAAUGUUGCACCUUUUUACAAGUAACAUUUAAGAUCUCAGCAAGGAAUGUCUGUAAAAAGGUAUAUUGGUAAAUGAACUGAAUAAACUGUAUUAUACAUAAACAUGUAUAAUACUGCAGAUUUCUCUGUGAAAAAAUAAUAUUAAGUAUAAUUGGAGAGAUAACAUUAUAUACAUAUUAUUUUAUACUACAAAAUUAUAUUUAGAGAUGUA